AAAGCGGGAGAGGAGAGAGCGGGCGGAGUUCAUAAAAGAGAAAAGAAUAGCAUUUUUGUUUACUAGCCGGCUUUCUUCUUCACGAGGUCAGGCUGUCAAGGAUUUUGAACCUGCAUGCCAGCUUCAAAGGAGUGGUUGGUAUAUCACAAUUACACGUGAUUUUUCUACAAAAAUAUACCAUUCUUGGUCGAUAUGGGCGGCUGUGUAUCAACUAAUAAACCAUAUAAAUACAAGAAGUAUGCUCAAAGGUCCAGAAAACGGCGAGGAAAGGUUUCCGCCACAGUGCUGGAUGCACCAAAAACCAGUAUCAGCAAUGCCGGAAACCGUUAUACCGUCGGCGAGUUCGUUCACGUAAAAACAUCAGCCAAGACUCGUAGAAAAUCCGAGGUUUCAAAUUUAACUGUUCAUCUCACCCAGUUGCAAUGGCACCACCGCAACAUAGAAGCAGAUGUGAUCUGCCAAGAUGACGCAUGGUUUGAUUCUGUCAGCAUCCUAGAAUCAGAAUCCGAUGACGAGUUCAGCAGCAUCGAUGCAGACAGUUUUUCUACUGCAAGCAAUGGAAUCACAAGGCAGAUGAUUCAAUAUGAAAAUGCUGCGUGUAAAUUUGAGGACUCUGAUUGUAUUCCAAUUACUUUGGCUGUUGAGCAAUAUCUUCAUGGAGAUAAUGUUAAAAAUGAAGAACAUUCCAACUUAGAUGAAUGUAGAGAAGAUGGAAACAAAGCUUCUGGCAAGCAAAGAAAUGAGAUUUCUGAGGACAUUUAUCCCAGAAAAACAUUUGCUUUAGAUGGAGAUUUUGGUAAUUUAAUGGGUUUACUAGAUGAUUGGCCCAUCGACGAGGAUAGCAAAUCCCCGGAGAACACAUUGAAACAAAUUACAUCUCGUUUGCCAGGAUUGGUUCCAAGGGUCAACUUUAAUGAUAAGUACCAACAUGUUCCGGCUGUCAGCUCACCGGUUCCGAAGAGAAAAUCGGCGGUUAUAAGGCUUUCAAUCAAGAGAAAAUCCUACGAGGAUGGAGAAGAGACCACAGAAUUUUGUGCUUCAGAAAGAUUCUUAUAUCGUCCGAUGGCUGGACUUUUGAUCCCGUGCUCGUCAAGGGAGAAGUUAACAGAAGGUUGUUGGUCAAUCCUGGAUCCUUCAUCCUUUAAGCUUCGUAGCAAGAGUUAUUUCAGCGACAAGAAGAAAUGCUCCGCACCGAACCAUGCGCCUUACACCCCAUUUGGUGUAGACUUGUUCAUGUGUGCAAGUAAAAUUCAUCACAUCGCUCAACAUGUCGAGCUGCCCUCUCUCAAAUCGCACGGAAAUGUUCCAUCUCUUCUUAUUGUAAAUAUUCAACUGCCUACUUAUCCUGCAGCCAUGUUUCUUGGUGAUAGUGAUGGAGAGGGAAUGAGCCUAGUGCUAUAUUUCAGAAUUUCAGACAAUUAUGAUAAGGAGAUCACUCCCACUUUUCAGGAGAUGAUUAGUAGAUUUGUGGAUGAUGACAUAGAGAAGGUGAAAGGGUUCACCAAAGAUUCUACUGUUUCUUUUAGGGAGAAAAUAAUGGCUGGUGUUGUUAAUCCGGAAGAUCUCUAUUUGAGCGCAGCCGAAAAGAAGCUAUUAUUUGCUUACAAUGAAAAACCGGUGCUCUCGCGGCCUCAACACAAAUUUUUUCGAGGUCCUAACUACUUUGAGAUCGACUUGGAUAUUCAUCGCUUUAGCUACAUAUCGAGGAAGGGUCUCGAAGCUUUUCGAGAGCGCUUGAAGCAUGGCAUACUUGAUUUAGGCUUAACAAUUCAGGCUCAGAAGCAAGAGGAGCUACCAGAGCAUGUGCUAUGUGCUGUUAGGUUUAACAAGAUAGAUUUUAUCAAUCAUGGGCAGAUACCUACAAUUAUGACUCUUGAUGAGAAUUGAUUUUUUUGGCUUAUAUUAUUUUUCCCAUAUUAUGGUUUCAUGAAUGAUUGAUGUAAGAAAGGUUGAUAGAAAUUGGUGGGUGA